ACAAUUCUUCUGCAUACCUAUACACGAGGUUUCGGACAAAUCUCAUCAUGAACAUUGGCUUCAUCGUUGUUGGCUGUAUUCUGGCCUUUAUACUUUGCCCCACCCUUAUAUUGUUCCUCUUUUUCAGUUGCUUAGACGGGUACAAGGCUUACAAACGUACCAAAGCCUGGCAUAAAUGUCGUGACCAGCACUUCAUCGACACACAGUCACCUGAAACCAUCCGAUGCCUCCCUGAAAAGAACAGCGAUCUGGAAUUCUAUAACACUGAGGACGAGGAAGAACACCAUCAGCGCAAGGCCGAGGAGAAAGCAGAUAAGCAUCUCACUUUCUAUGGGAAACUUUGGAAAGAGUUUCGCAACCAGCAGUCAGGCAAAAUAGGAUCUGAUGAAAUGAAGAAGAAGGAUCGCGAAGAAAGGAGGAAAUUGGCUAAAGCGGUAGUGAGGGAAUUAGAUCUCAGGGAGCGCAACAAGGCGAAGAAUACCAACAAAGUGCACUCUCCGGGGACUUUGUAAGCCGAAGUCACUAUUCAUGUCCAAUAAGCCUGCAGCAACACAUCCUGUAUUUUCUUUUUUGUCUUCCCUAUCCGCAAGCCAGUGUUGUGACGUUAAGUCGUGAAAUGACAGUCCAAAGUGCAUCUCAGCGUGCUGGCACGCACGUCAUCAUGAGACAGUCAAUGCGUAUCUGCGAAGAAUUGAGUUAGCUAGGGAGGAAGCUGGAGUUAGAGCAAUAAGACUGCAGAUUGAAAAGUCA